AGCACCCCGCAGGCUGAGGGCAGGUGGGAAGCAAACCCGGACGCAUCGCAGCAGUAGCAGAGGCAGCAGCAGCAGCCUCCGCAGUCCCUCCAGAGACAUGGAUCCCCAGAUAGCACCUUCCCGGGCGCUCCUGCUCCUGCUCUUCUUGCACCUGGCUCUCCUGGGAGGUCGUUCCCACCCGCUGGGCAGCCCCGGUUCAGUCUCAGACUUGGAAACGUCCGGGUUACAGGAGCAGCGCAACCAUUUGCAGGGCAAACUGUCGGAGCUGCAGGCAGAGCAGACAUCCCUGGAGCCCCUCCAGGAGAGCCCCCAUCCCACAGGUGUCUGGAAGGCCCGGGAGGUAGCCACCGAGGGCAUCCGUGGGCACCGCAAAAUGGUCCUCUACACCCUGCGGGCACCACGAAGCCCCAAGAUGGUGCAAGGAUCUGGCUGCUUUGGGAGGAAGAUGGACCGGAUCAGCUCCUCCAGUGGCCUGGGCUGCAAAGUGCUGAGGCGGCAUUAAGAGGAAGUCCUGGUUGCAGACACCUGCUUCUGAUUCCACAAGGGGCUUUUUCCUCAACCCUGUGGUCGCCUUUGAAGUGACUCUUUUUUUAUGUAUUAUGUAUUUAUUUGAUUGUUUUAUAUAAGAUGGUUUCUUACCUUUGAGCACAAAAUUUCCACGGUGAAAUAAAGUCAACAUUAUAAGCUUUA